CGCUGGGAGUGGUUGGUUUGACUGCCCUCCAUUUUACUGCCAUGGACUUUCCCAAAAACUGGAAGUCAGGCUGGGAGGGAUGGACCGAAGCCAGAAAACAGCAGCUCUCACAUUUACAAUCUGAUUUCCUCCUUUCCUGGAAAUGGUGUAAGAAUAAAAGGGCGUGAUGAGGGCAAAAGCCAAACGCUUUCAGUUUUGGUUGAGCAGCGCUCUUUGAAACACAGUUCAUUCUAUAAGUUGGGAGAAACGCCUGCUCCACCUCAUCCUCACACGGCCAUCCACAGAUAAAGAUUGCCAAGAACCAUGCCAUCUACAUUUGAGUGCGCUGUCAAAAACAUCGUCAAAGAGCUGAGCAAAAAUGGGGAGCUGAUCCCUGUGGAAAGCCUCAAGAGCUCCAGCCACUUCAGUCCCUACUACCUGGUCAGGAAGAAGACCAAGAGCUUCUGGUUUUGGAGUCCACAGUAUGUUUGGCUCAAUUUGACUCUCAAGGACAUUCUGGAUCCCAGCUCUCCAGAACCAGAAGUGAUCCAGAAUGGACCAUUCCACUUUAAUGAUGAAGAAGAUGGGAAGGUGUCUGGCAGUGUGGAGGUGACUGCCUCUGUGCAGGGCAGGAUUUCAGGACAGACUUCAAACAGAACAGACCUGGAGGUCAAGACUCUCAUGGUGCCCCUUCACACCUGGGACUGCUUACAAAAAGAAAGGACACUGAAGAAACCAGAGCCCUCUAUCUUUCAGGAGCUUCGGAAACGGAACGAGGACAUCUAUGUUGUCACAGAAGCUGUCAAGACCCAGAAAGAAGCCGUUCUGAAGAGGUCCAGAAAUACAGAAGGCUUUGGGAAGUUCACCAUUCCUGGGGCCUCAUGUUUUCAGGGUCAGGGGGAGGGUCACUUAAAGGCAGUGAAGACAGUGACUGUCCCUGAGGGCAGUAUACUUGCUUUCCAAGUUGCCAAGUUGAUUAUCCGGAACCACUGGAAUGUUCUUUUAUUUCCAGACAAGAAGCAGAAAACCUUCCCAGAGGAAAGCAUAAGAUUUACAUCCCACAUUGAAUCAGAUGUCUCCACAGUGAACAUAGCUACAGAAUUUGAGAAAAUGCAGGCUGAGGUGAAGGAAGAACGAAACCUACUGACCAUGCUGGACAAGAAGCUACGGCAGUGUCUGCUUCAGGAUCUUCUGAGGCUCCUCCAGAGUAAGGAGGAUCUGCUGGACUUGGAAGGCAUGCUAGAAGAGAGUUUGUUCAGUGGGGUUCCCCUCCAGAAGACUGAGGGCGCAAUGGGAAACAUCCUCAGUAACCUGCAGGACCGGAGUGGAAAACUUGUGGAGGAACUAGCAGGGGCAUUCCUCUAUCUCCUUGGAGCUCUGAGUGCUCUGAGUGAAAUCCAGUAUCAGAUCCUGAUCCAGUUGCUGAAGACAGAGGAAAAGAUUCUGCCUCAGGAAAUAGACCUGGUGAGAGAAAUUCUGAGGAAAAACUUCAAUCAGACCAAGGAGACGACUUUUUCCCUUCCUUCAGAGCUGCUGUCCUUUGCCAAGGACAAGAGGGAGGAAUCCACCCUCGUGUGUGUCCUGUUGGGAGAGUGUGGAUUGGAGAUCUCAGGAGAUAAAUCCCAAUUUACCUGGAAUCCUAAUGCUCUGCACUCCCUUUGUGCACUAUAUGGGAGUCUGGAAAUGCUGCAAGCUCUCUCUAAAGGCUGCUGAGCCAGCCUCCUCUUUCCCUACCCAUUUGCCGUGUCAAGCUGCUGGAAUCUACCCCCAUUUUUCUAGAUCUGAGGCCCAGCAAGCCAACUGUCCCCUGAGUUUGGCAGAGCACAAUCCUUUGAACUUACUCUCUGGAUGCUUCCACCUUCUGGUAGAAUCACACAAUUAUCAUCUUUCUUUGACCAAUAUCAGGGGUUCUCUGGGCUCUGCCAAGUACUAGACAAGUCCCCAUGUUCUGAACAGAAAGUCCUGCUAUGAAUCAGUCUUGUCUCAUUAUUGCUGUCACCCCUCUUUGUCGGACCUACAGGUCACUGCAUGCCCAUAAAUGUAGAUAUCGAUUCUGCCCACAUCAAAUGAGUCCUCCUUACCCCUACCCCUGUCUAACUUCCCCUCUUGCAUACAAGCCAUUUUAAAAUUAAAUUUCCAUUUGAUCCCUGACUCUCCUGGCUCCAGUCUGCUGUGUUUGGCUCUAACCAUCCAGAGGUUAUAGGUUAGUUCCAUCCAGCUGACGGGUACCUCCACCCCCUAUGUCAGCCUCAGAACUAGUGGAUUAGGAGACAGCCCUAUUUCAAAUUAAAUUUGAUCAUGAAAUUUGAAUGUUGGGCCUUCCUCUGUGAUAAAGUACUCCAUUCACACCCAAAAUGAAUCCCCGGAGUAAUGACUAGACAAGUGGUCAUCCAGUCUCCACUUCAAGACCAAAUUACAGGGAAGCAUCCCAAGGUAACUCAUUUUCCUUUAGGGCAGAUUUUAUUAUUCCCAAGUGUUUGUUUUUCCCCCCACAUCAAGCCUUACUUAAACUGCCUAUUUGCAGUCUUUGUCUACUGCUCCCAGAUUUGCCCUUUAAGGUCUAGAACAAGUACAAUCUCUUCUCUGUAGCUCUAUAAAUAUUUGUAUGAAACUGUGAGGGCACAUUUCCUUCACCUGGUGCUCACACGACAUGGACCCAAGGCCCUUUUUUCCCUUGUGGUUGCUCUCUCUGGAUGUUGUCCAGUUCAUCAGUGCUCUGAAAUUGUGGUGCUCAGACCAGAUGGAAAUGAGACCAGGGCAGAGGUGGAACUAUCCUCUCCCUCUCCCUAGAAAUCAGACCCCUCUUGAUAAAGCCUAAGAUGGCUUUAGCUUUUGAGUGGUCACCUCACACUACUCAUUGAGCUGGCAGCCCCAAAAAACCUGCUGCUCUAUGACCUUGUCUUGAUAUCUCAUGGAGAGGUUAGCUUCCAUCUGGCUCAGGUAAUUUUUAAGUUCUUUUCUUCAGUAUGGUUUUGUACCUGUUUUCCCAAGCUAUUAGUUCUCUUUUCAUAUCUUUUUUUCCCUAGCUCUUGCAUCUUUCCCCAUUAUUUCCUCUAUUGCUCUCAUUUGAUUUUUUUAAAAUUAUGCUUUAACUCUUUAAAAACAAAAACAAAAAAAUCUUUUAGGAAUUCCUGUCAGAGUUGUAUUCAAGUUGCAUUUUUUUGAGGCUUUCUUGGAGAUAUUUUCAAGUCAUUCUCUUCUGCAUGUGUGAAGUACUUUCCUAGCUACCUAAUAAUCCUUUAUAUUAGAAUUCUUUUUUUUAGUUUGCUUAUACCAUUGGAUUGUAAACUCCUCAUGGGCAGGCGAAGUCUCUUUGUAUCCCCAUUGUAUUGCCUGUCACAUAGUAGGUGUUUAAAAUUUUUUGAUUAUUUAAUAAAAGCUAGAUGACUUAACUUUCAA